AUGUCGUUUCGUCGUUUAAAAUAUGUAUCACCAUUACACUACGAAGUUGAACUAACACCCAAUUUAGAACAUGCACAUUUUGAAGGCAUUGUUAAAAUAGAUUUUGUUUUAAAUAAAGAAAAUGUAACACAAUUAGUAUUAUAUUCAUCCAAUCUUGUUAUUGAAACAAAUUCUGUUCAUAUUUAUUCAUUAUCAUCUCCCUCCACAAUUCAAUGGAAACCCACAGUUACACUAAAUGAAAAACAUGAAACUGUAGAAUUUAGUUUAGAUCAUCAUCAAACAUUUUUAUUAAAUGAAACAUAUCGAAUUGAAAUUAAAUUUAAUGGACAAUUACAAACGUCACAAUUACAAGGAUUUUAUCGUACUGAACAUCCAAAAAUGGAGGAUAAUAAUGGAAAUGUGAGAAUGAAGAGAAACUAUUAUGCCAUAACACAAAUGUCACCUACACAUUGUCGACGAGUAUUUCCAUGUCUUGAUGAACCAUCAUUUCGCACAACGUUCGACAUUAUUCUCCAUGUACCACAACAUCUAUUAGCGUUAUCAAAUAUGCCUAUUUUAUCUGAAAAAUUAGUUGAAAAUAAUAUAAAACGUGUUCAAUUUCAACGUACACCAGUUAUGCCAACAUUUUUAUUAUGUUUUAUUGUUGGACAAUUCGAUGUAUUAAAAGCAGAUCCAAUUGAAUUAACAGAAUUUAUAACAACAACGUCGUCCAAUGCUACUCAAGAUGUAAAAGAGACAAGAAAAAUUGAUUUGUGUGCUUAUACAUUACCCGGUAAAGCGGAUGAUGCUUUAUUUGCAUUAAAAUGUGCUCGACGUGCAUUAUAUUAUUUUUCUAAUUUAUUUGAAUUGAAUUAUCCGUUACCAAAAUUAGAUUUAAUAACUGUGCCAGGUUUAUAUUAUCCGGCUAUGGAAAAUUGGGGUUUGGUUACAUUUAAAGAAGAAGAAUUAUUACUAUGUGAAAAACGUUCAAAUGAUAUUCAAUAUCGUAAUGUUUGUCAAUCUGUUACACAUGAAAUAGCUCAUCAAUGGUUUGGGAAUCUUGUCAGUAUCAAUUGGUGGAAUGAUGUUUAUGUUAUCGAAGGUUUUGCAAAAUGGUUUGAAUAUUUGGCUACAGAUCAUUGUUUACCAGAAGUGAACGUUUUUUCAGAAUUUUUUUAUACUCAAUACAUACGUUAUUUUGAAUAUCGUUUAAAUACGCUACAUAUUGAACCAGAAGAUAUUGAUGAAAAAACAUUUUCAUUUGAAGGUUUUAUCUAUUCAAAAGGUUCAUGUCUUAUGCGUAUGAUACAUUUAUUUAUUGGUGACAAAGCAUUUUUAACAGCAACAAGAUAUUAUUUAAAAAAGUUUCAAUAUUCAACGGCAACCGCCAAUGAUUUUUGGCUGUGUAUUGAAGAAAUAACACAUUUACCAAUACGAAAAAUAAUCCAAACCUGGUGCACAAAACAGAGUUAUCCAGUAGUUUCGGUCAACAUGAUUUCGUACGAUGAGAGUACAGGCUCAUGUGAUAUUGAAUUAAAACAAGUCAGUUAUUGUCAAGGUCACCACCAAAAACAAAUUACUUGUGUUUGUGAACAGACAACAUCAACAGAUAUACUGAAAGACACUAUUUGUUCUUGUCACAUAAGAAAAAAUGUAAAUUAUUCUUGUCGUCGACUUAAUCGAUCAAAAAGUGACUCAUCUAUUUCUGUUCUUUCUGAUCAAUUAAUUGUAUCAGAUGGUACAAACGUAUCGUCGUCAUCAUCGUCAUCAUCAUCAAAUAUUCAUCCCAAUUCUACUGCUAUGAAGUGUGCUUCUAUUUCAAAUGGUUUACCAAGACGUAAAACAGUAUCAAAUGAUCAACAUUUUCUCAAUUUUGAACAUAAUCUCGAUGGAGAUCUUUCACACAAUAAUAGUAAUUGUUGGGUAAUACCCAUCACAAUUCUCUGUUAUGAUGAAAAUUCAAAUCCAUCGACAGUUGAAAAAUUUCUUAUGGAUAAACAACGACUUGUCAUUCAUUUGAAAACCGCACAUUUCAAAGUAAAUGCAACUUGUAGUGGUACCUAUCGUGUAUUAUACCAGGACAAUGUAUUGAAUAAUAAUUUACGAGAAGCAAUCAAAACAAAUAAAAUAAACGAAUAUGAUCGGUUUAAUGUUGAAAAUGAUUUACAUUCAUUAGUUAUGGGUGGUUUUUCAUCAUUAGUUGAUUAUUUACGUUUAUUAUUUUGUUAUAUUCAUGAAAAUGAUGAAGAAACAGUUUGGAAAGAUAUUGAAUCGAAUAUAAUUCGAAUAGCAACGAUGUUAGAAUACGAUCAAUCAUUAAUUGAAUAUUAUAGAAAAUAUAUUGUUGAUGUACAUAAAACAUUAUAUUAUAAAUUGGGUUGGACAGCUGUUAGUGGUGAAUCAACAUCGCGUGCACGUCUUCGAUCAUUUGUAUUAAUCAUAUUAGGUAACAUUGGUUAUGAUGAAGAGGUUAUUAGUGAAGCACGCCGACGUUUUCAAUCAUAUGUAAAUGAUUCAAAUGAACCUAUUUGGUGGCCAAUUUGUGCUAUAAUUGCUCAUCAUGCAUCUCAAAGUGACUUUAUUAGUUUAAUUAAAAUGUAUAUUCAGCGUGAUAAACAAGAUGAUCGUUUACGUUGUCUGUUCGGUUUAAGCUAUGUACAAAAUCCACAUUUUAUACAACGUACAUUAGAUUUAAUAUCAUUUGCACAAAUUCGUCUUCACGAACGUAUUGAAGCAUAUAAAGGUUUUUGUUUGAGUAAAGUAGGUCGUGAUUAUUAUUGUCGUUAUAUCGAAGAAAAUUGGCAAUCAUUUCGAUCGAAUUACAAUGAUGAAUAUUUAGAAGCAAUAAUACGUGAAACAUUUGGAUAUUUUUCAACAACGAGUGAAGCAAAUCGUAUUGAAGAUUUUUUUCAACAAUACGAACAAUUUCAUGAAAAAUAUAAUAUUUCUACUAUCGCCACUACCACUACCACCACCACGAACAAUCAUAAUCGUAAUAUUAACAUGUUAACAUUAUCGCCAUCAUCAACUACCACCGAUUUAUCCGAUUAUCCUGAUGAUCUUACUAGUUAUACAACAACGACACCUCCACAACUAAUGGUGCCACCAAAAUUGAAAGAAGUGGCCUCCAUUAUAGCUCAUACAGCUCGUUCGCGUGCCUCAGUGUUAAAACGUGAUCAUUAUCAUUUAUUAAAAUUUUUUCAAAAUGAAUAUCCAAAAUUACGAGCACAAUAUUGUACAAUUAAUAUUGAACCGUUCCUUGAGACACCACCAGAAGUUGAUUUAGCACAUGAAACAAAUGGAGCAGAAAUAUAUACUUUAUUGAAUGAAACAUCAAAUGAUAGAAAACGAAAAAUAUCUACAACAGAGUCUACAACUACAAUGCCUUCAGCACGAAAAUUUAUUCGAUUAUCAACAACUAAUGAGUAG